CGUGUGGAAGUAGGGUUUGCAUAAUGACAUUGGCAUCCACUGGCGGAAUUAGGAAGCAGUGAAAACAGUUCGGCCCGAAUUCUGAGUCACUCACUCGGUGGCUUCGUCAACACGGUGUGUGGUGCAUGCUGGACAUCUGUGCCUAAAGACAUAAGCUAAAGCUUCCUUUUUCUUUACAUCCAAACAAACCCUGAGCCCCCCUCCUAACAAAGUCCUUUCUUUUAUAUCCUAACAUCGUCCCAAAAGUCUCCAUUUUAUUUCUCACCUCCCCUUUUCCGCCUCUUCCGCUCCAUCACUCCACCAUGCCUCCAAAGCUCCGUCUACUGGCCCCCUUCCUCUCCAUAAUUCUCAUUUUCCCGGCGCCGGCGACGCAGCAGGAGUGCCCGUAUCCGUGCUACCCGCCGCCAACCGGCACCGGAAGCAUCCCCCAGACGCCGCCGGGCCCCGCCACAACAACGCCCUCCCAACCAACAGGGUCUUACCCACCUCCAGCCUUUUAUCAGUCUCCACCAGAGGGGAAUCUGCCUUACUCACCACCUGAUGUCAGCAAUACGCCUCCGGCCACCGAUCCUGUCGUAUCAUGGUUUCCCUACUACUACAGGAAGCCUCCUCAUCAGUCUGAUCAAUCAUCAUCCACCGCUCUACGAAGAUCGACGGCCGGGAUCGCCUCAGCCCAUUUCCUGGCUCUUCUUCUUCUUUCUCUUCUCUAAAAAUAAAACGGCAUGAAUUUUGAUUAGAUUUGCUAGUGAUUUGCAGAAGAGUGAUGAAGAAGACGAGGAUGGCGCCAUCAGAGUUGGGUUUCGUUGAAUGGAAUUUUGAGAGAUUUGGGUUGCGGGAUGAAUUGUGGUUGGAUUUGAAGUGGUUUCUGUUGAAGUUUAAUUUGAUCAUCAUCUCAUCACGACAGAAGCCACAAGUUUUAGCGCCGGUAGUAGUUUAAAUUGAAGUGUUCAAUUAGUUUAGAUGGAGAGAGAGAGAGAGAGAGAGAGAGAGAGAGAAUGGUUUAGAUUCCCCUAUUUAUUUUGUUUUAAGGUUUAGAUUGACAACAUUUGUUUAUGUAAGAGUUUUCCAGGGAAAUUGUGCUGGAAGAUUCAUCAUUAUGAGAA